AUGUCAAUGGAUAAACAUCAAUGGCAAAGAAUAAAAUGUGAAGAACAAAUAAAAUAUCUUAUUAAUUUACGACAACGUUUUCGACAAUAUUUAAAACAAAAUUUUAAUAUUGUAUGGUAUUCUGAUGCACAAAAUUAUUUUCAAGACGAUUUAGAAUUACUUGAUGUAUCACUUAUUGAAUGUUUUUGUGAUCUUGUUAAUAUUCAUCAUUCAUUUUCAAAUGAAAUAGGUGAUCAAUUUAAACUUGAAUUGAAAUGUGAAAAAUCAUCAAAUACUAAUGAUGUAUGUAUUAAUGAAAUUUUACUUGAUGAUUUAAUCAUAUCGAUAAAUGAAAAUAUUCAAAAUCGAAUGCUUAAAAUACGUGCUAUAUGUGUACUUGAUGAAGAAUUAAUUUUUAUUCAACACGAAUUAACAUCAAAAUCCAUUGGAGAACAAGUAGCUAUUCGCUUACAUCAAAUUCGUGCAAUGAUUAAUGUCUUUUUUAAACAAACAUCUCAAUCAUCAUUUGAAGAUAGUCGAGCUAUGAUUCCACUUAUUCAUUCUUGUGAUUCAUUUCUUUCAACAUUUCGUCUAUUUUUAAAUAGUACAAAUUCUGACAUAAGUUUAAAUUCUUCAUUAGAUACUCAAAAUGAAUAA